AUGUCCCACCAGACCGGUAUCCAAGCUAGUGGAAGUGUUAAAGACACCUUUGUGGGAGCCAGAAAUGGACAAUACAGGCUUUUAAAAAUAGUCAUUGACAAUGAGCAGCUUGUUGUGGGAUCCUCUAGGCGGCCAGUUGGAUCAUGGGAAAAGGAUUAUGAUUCCUUUGUCCUUCCCCUUCUUGAAGACCAGCAACCAUGUUAUAUAUUAUACAGAUUAGAUUCUCAGAAUGCUCAAGGAUAUGAAUGGAUCUUCAUUGCAUGGUCACCUGAUCACUCUCCUGUUCGUCAAAAAAUGUUGUAUGCAGCAACCCGAGCAACGCUUAAGAAAGAAUUUGGAGGUGGUCACAUUAAGGAUGAAGUAUUUGGAACGGUACAGGAUGAUGUUUCACUGAAUGGAUAUAAAAAAUAUUUGAUAUCACAGUCCUCCCCUGCACCUCUGACUGCAGCAGAAGAGGAACUUCGACAGAUUAAAAUUAAUGAGGUACAGACGGACGUUGGUGUAGAUACCAAGCAUCAAACAUUGCAAGGAGUAGCAUUCCCCAUUGCUAAAGAAGCUAUUCAGGCUUUGGAGAAAUUGAAAAAUAAGAAACUCAAUUAUGUACAACUGCAAAUUGAUAUGAAAAAUGAAACUAUUAUUUUGGCCAACACACUUCAUACUGAACUUAAGGACUUGCCAAAAAGAAUUCCGAAGGAUGCUGCGCGUUACCACUUUUUCCUGUAUAAGCAUGCCCAUGAAGGAGACUAUUUGGAAUCCAUAGUUUUCAUCUACUCUAUGCCAGGGUAUACCUGUAGUAUACGAGAACGAAUGCUCUACUCUAGUUGCAAAAGUCCACUGUUAGAAAUUGUAGAAAGACAGCUGUGGAUGCAGAUAAUUAGAAAGAUUGAAAUAGAUAAUGGUGAUGAGUUAACUGCUGACUUUCUUUAUGAAGAGGUUCAUCCAAAACAACAUGCUCACAAACAAAGUUUUGCUAAACCAAAAGGUCCUGCGGGGAAGAGGGGAAUACGAAGACUGAUUAGAGGUCCAGCAGAGACUGAAACACCUAGUGAUUAGAAACUGUUGUUUGCAUUUGUUAUAAAGUAUUACAGUAAGAAACGAAAUUCUGACUUUUGGUAAUGAACUGAAAUCAUUCCAUUCAUAGAUGCUAGGGAAAAAAAAAGGCUCUUUUUACUCUUCUCUCUUCUGACCUCAACACUUUUUAUAUUGUUACAUGAUUAUAUUUGUUGACCGUGUUUUAUGACAUGUGGAAGAGCUAAUUAUUUUAAAGUUAGAAGAGGAAAACCAAGCUAGUAUCCCUUUAUUUUAAAUUAGAAUCCAUUAUUUAAUAGCUGUACAUGUGAUCAUAAACUUUGCAAACAUAAGACUAUUAAGCCCAUGUAUUCUGUGGGUAAGUUGCAGCUGUACGCCUAGAUAACAAACCUGUAUUCUUAUGAGUAGCCUAUUGAAACCCAUAAGACUUUCCAUGUGAGAAGAGCUAGAGGGCUAUAUAGCACUGUCCCAGAUAAAUCUUUAUUUUUCCUUGUAGCUCUUACAGACAAUAGUACAAUAGGUGGUUUUCUUCUGGUUUUGACAUGAUGCAUUGUUGGGUUUUGUUGUUGUUUUGUUUGGUUUUGGUUUGGUUUAUUUGUAAUAGAGAAGAUAAACUAAAAUUAGUUAUCCAUCAAUUAAUGUAGGCGUUCAGGAAUAGCUGGGUAUUUUCCCACACAAAAGCAUGGUCAUUUCAAAUUUAUAACUAAUUUCAUGGAAUUGUCUUUUAAAGAAAUCUGGUAUAAAACCACUACAGCUUUUCCAGACUUCUAUACCACUCGUAAGCCUUACAUACUAAGUACUGAAUGACCAAGUAAAAGGUGAUUAAAAGUGCAGGAGUUAGUAUACUCAGUAGAUUAUGGAGCUGCUUUCAAAGCAAUAUGCUUAAAGUUUCUAAUAAAUAAUUGAUUAUCUGUGCACUUGGAUAUAAAACUGUGUAAGUUCAGUAAAAAUUGAAAUAGACUUGCUUCAUAAUGGUGACUUAUUCUUGAGAUCCUAGUGUGUUUGCAGUAUCAACUGCAAUUUUAACUUUCAAGGUAUUCUGAAAAUGACUUUUCCUAAAUGUUUGAACUUUAAUAGCAACUUAAAUCUGUAACAAAAUCCAAUCAGGUCUCGAAUAACUGCUGGCAGCACCUGGUUAGUAU